CGCCGGAAGCGAAGGGAGGAGAGCGGCGCUCCAUGCACACCGCGAGCGCGCGCGUGGCUAUAGCAGAUCGGGAGCCCCCAGCUGCUCCGGCUGCUCCUCCCGCGUUGCCAUGGCCGGCAUCCUCUUCGAGGACAUCUUCGACGUGAAGGACAUCGACCCCGAGGGCAAGAAGUUCGACAGGGUCUCCCGACUGCAUUGUGAGAGCGAGUCUUUCAAGAUGGAUUUGAUCCUGGAUGUGAACAUACAGAUCUACCCUGUCGAUCUUGGUGACAAAUUCCGCCUUGUGAUCGCCAGCACCUUGUAUGAAGACGGGACCUUGGAUGAUGGAGAAUAUAACCCAACUGAUGACAGGCCAUCCAGGGCAGACCAGUUUGAGUAUGUGAUGUAUGGGAAGGUGUACAGGAUCGAGGGAGACGAGACUUCCACAGAGGCCGCCACACGCCUCUCUGCCUACGUGUCCUACGGUGGGUUGCUGAUGAGACUCCAGGGAGAUGCCAACAACCUGCAUGGCUUUGAAGUAGACUCCAGGGUUUAUCUCCUGAUGAAGAAACUGGCCUUCUAACCGCCUUGGGAGUUGUCGUGGCAGCAGCUUGGACUCAGUGUGGGCAUUUGCUGCCUCCCAAGUAUAUGGAGGGAAUAUUGCUGGCAUUGGGGGGGUGUUAAAAGAAGCAUCUCUCCCCAGCUCCUCUCCUCAGCUCCUCCUCCUCCUCACAUCCCCCCAGCCAAGCCUCAAGGAAGAUCACCUUUCUUCGGAUUCCGCCAGGACUGCAGUGUGAAAAUGUAUCCCAAAUGUCCCCUUGGUUGCAGCAGGCAGAGUGCCAGCCGACUGAGAACAUCCCCUACAACAAAGAUGUUGAAAGGGCUACGGAUUUACUCUGUGCCUAUGAUAAACUCUCAUUUUUAUUACACAGGUGAUUGUGGUAAGGACACAGUUCUGUGAGAACCAGCAUUGCCAUCAUACGCUGGGUUGGGGAUGGCCGUCUUCGCUUGGGGCCUGGGGAAGAGGAGGGAGCCUCUGUUUGACCUCAGUUUCUUACCUUAAUUAAACGUAGCUUUUAUAUAAAUAUA